AAACCUGGAGAUGGUACUAGAAGAUAGUUUGGACUUUUCCAUAUCGCUAAAAAAAGAUCUAAUUUCGUGAACAAAAUUAACUUCUCAUUCAGACUUGGUACAACUUUGUCGAAAGAUGACUGCUGAUUGAUCUGAAGAUUUUAAAAAUUGUCCCUUCAAUGAUCUUUAAACAAAUCGAUAUCUCGACAUUAGGGCUGUAUGUAAGGGACCAUUUUUGUCAGUCAUUUCGUGUUUUCAUGGAAACAGGUCAACGAUUGAUUAACACAUUAAGAAUACUACGUUUAUUACGUUUAAACCCUCGCAAUCUGAAGAAACAGCAAGAUGAUAUGGAGGAAGUUAACCAGAAGGAUGAGAGUGAGUUUGCUGGGAUGCGGACGACACAAAAGGUUUGGAUGCUCUAUUUCUCGUCUUGUCUUUCUGGCAGUCGUACUGAUUGCUGUUCAGAUCGCCAUAGUUUCCUACCAAGUCGUGUUUUGGUCGAAAAUCAGAUGUGAUAGCCCCAUGGAGUGCUCAAAAGUCAUAUUUUUCGAACCUUGGGAGAGUAGAAAAAGUAAUAGUCUACACUUAGAAGCCAAAAGUGCGCGCUUCCAGGAACUGAUACAGAACCAGAUUGGACUAAAAGACGACAUAAAAGGCGAGCAAGAAGUGGUGCUUGAUUGUGGAAUAAAGGGAAGAAAUGAUCGUAAUCAGAAUCCAAAUGGUAGUUUGAAUCUCCAUGUUUGGUAUGGCUGGUGUGGUUACACUACUGAUGAUCUAAGAAGAGACCCUAAUUUUCCUGAGAGGCCCCACACAAGAACGACCUUGAGCGAGUUUAAAAUCAACCGCACCUUCUACAGUUCGUGGAGAGGAAAGAGAGUAUUUGGGUAUAUUCACCCACCCAAAACAGGAAAUUACAAGUUCUUCAUAAGCUCAAGAGAUUCUUCAGACUUGUGGCUCAGCACGGACGAUACUCCUAACAAUACAAGAAUGAUAGCAUACUUGGGAGAGGCAAGCGAUCAGUACGGAGAUAAUUCAAAUCCAGGGGAAUACAAAAAAAUCUCUUCACAACAGUCACAAAAUAUCAGUUUAAUUGCCAAUAAACCCUACUUCAUCGAAAUGUUCUAUAAGAAGAAAGGAGGGGAAGAACACCUACAAGUAGCUUGGACCAUCCCUGGAAGUACAAAGCCAGAAGUCAUUGGUUCUAAAUACAUCUCGAGGUACUUGGUUGAAUCUAAAGGUUCGGCGACAAGCGAAAGAACCAAGUGCAUCAAUCAUGGUGACCCAGGUCUUGCGUUAAGAUAUAAUAAGCAUAUGUUGUUCCAGAUAGCAGACAUUCGUGAUGAUUAUUUCGUCACAGCUAAGUUACUUGACCAUUCUGAAGUCAAUGACGUGUUCAAAGGAUGUUCCUAUAAACCAAAGUAUCUGCCCAAACACUUGAAAAGACAAUUCCAGUCACAACAAAUAGUUCGACAUUCAUGGGUCUAUCCUAAUGACAAUACCACCAUGGCCAAAGGAAAUCGUGAUGAUGAAAUCAGUAUUGGAAAUAUGAUCAUCCCAGAAAAAGAAGCGAAGUCUGUUGCAUCAAGCUUUAUGAGGGCUCUCAAAGCUAAAAAGGGGAAUAAGUUUCAGCUUAACCGCAUCAUUCAAAUUGAAGCGAAAUAUGAUGUCGAUGGCGGAAUUCGUUACUUGGUCGAGUUGGAUCUAAAACAGAAAGGAAAAGGUGACGCGACUGUUAGGUUGUCCGAGUAUCUUUAUACAUCCACCGGGAAUGUGUCUAGUUUUUGUCAGCCACGGGGCUACCAAUGGAAAAAUGGCGCUACUAUUUACAUGAUUGUCACAGUAAUGAACUACGGGUAUUGGAUGAAAGACUUGGUCAAACAGUUAUCAAGAUUCUACAGAGAAGGCAUCGAUCGAAACUUUUAUUUGAUUGUGGUGGAUUUCAAUAGUACAGAUAUAAAUAUCAAAAACGUGUUGGAAAAAAGUGAUUUAAAAGAUAGGUACCAAAUUCUGUGGAAACCAAGUCCGUUCUGGAAAACUAAUGGCUUGAAUGAAGCUGUUGAGCUUAUCAAGGACUCAAACAGCAUCGUCUUCACUUUAGAUCUUCACUUGCACCUUCCAGCAAAUAUAUUUGACGCUAUACGAAAGCAUACAAUACAAGGGAAAACUGUAUACACCCCAAAGCUUAUCAAACUUAAAUGUGGCUACUCGAAAAAUUAUGGUCAAGGUGGAUGGGAUACCUUUGGAUAUGGAUUAUUUGGUGCGUAUAAGUCCGACUGGGACAGGAUUGGUGGUAUGGAUGAAGAAACCUUUCGACAUAAGUGGGGAGGAGAAGAUGUGGAUUUGGUUGACAGAGCGCUUAUUGGACAACUAGACAUUGAGAGAAUCUGUUUACCCAAGUUUUAUCACAUGUAUCAUGCGAGAGAUCAAGACUGGUAUGAAGACGCGAGAUUGUAAUACAUACAAAGCUCCCGUCGAUCGCGAGGCUCGUGAAUGGCCUUCUGCCCCAUGAAAUAUAAAAUAGUUAUUUUUCGUAAAUCUUGAUAAUUUUUACCGAAUUUAUUUUGAGUGAGAAAUUGAUAUAUUAUAUAUUAAAUACUCGUUAGGGGCACUCAUAUUGUGGAACGAGACCACCAACUAAGAAAUUUAUUUUAAAAAUGCUAGCAAGAUCUUCAUUACGACUUUGCUUCUUUUUCUUGAAAUUCAAAUUCUCGAAUUUUUUUUGAAGCAGAUCGUCUGAAAACCCCGAAAGAGAUAAUAUAUUGUAAGUUCCAAAGCGAAAUAGAACCCCUGGAGUCCAAGGUAGUGAUACUCGGAAAAUAUACGGUUGUCAAUAUUCGGGGACGGCGGAACAGUCCCUCAUGAGCAAGUGGGGGGCUACAGUAUUCUCCUCUUCUCCCCUGUUUUGAGCUGAACUUUUUUCUUAUUCCUAGACAAAAUAGAAGCAGUGUAAUUCUUGUAAAAAGUGAGGGGGCUAAAGCCCCAAAGCCCCCCCACCCCCCUUCCCCCGU